CCCCAGCCGUGAUAAAUAGCCAGAGCAAACUUUCGCUUUAGAAGUUUAUUUUCAAACUCUAAAGGAGGAAGAAGUGAGCAUCAGAGAGAGAGAGAGAGAAAAUAUGAAGAUCUCCGUUGUGUUCACCGCCGUGAUCCUGGCAAUCCUGCGGGACAGCACGGCUUCUCUGUUCGUGCAAGGUCCUACUGAAAGUGUCAUGGAGGGAGACAGAGUGACUCUGGAAUGUCUUGACUCAGAAUCUGAGAUGAACAUGACCUCAGUGCACUUUGAGAAGAUGUCACGGCACAUGGACAUGUGGCACCGGCUGGAUGGCUAUGGCUAUGGCAAUGGCUACGGCUAUGGCUAUGCCUUCCGCCGCUGUUUCUGGUAUGAUGCGGACGUGAUGAGAGAAGAUGGCCGUCUGCUUCUUACAAUAACAAGAGUCCAGUCCUGGUCUGCUGGAAUGUACCGCUGCAUGUCUGACAACAUCACUGACCUGGACAAUUCAUCACUGCCUUUUAAGCUAACAGUGCACUAUUUGCGAGAGGUGACUGUGAACCGAGCCAGCUCCAACAUGUUCUAUCGCUACCUCGCCCCAGAGGAUGAGCUGCGUGUGCCACAAGGGGACGACGUGGAGCUGGACUGCUCUACCACUGCGUCUGAGACUCCUACCUACUCCUGGCUUAAAGAGGGAGAGGACUGGAUAAUUCCCUCCAGUAAGCUAAAGCUGAAGCAUGUGAGUGUGGAGAACAGUGGGAAAUACACCUGCACGGCUCAGCACCCAACUGUCAGCUCCCUCAUCAAGAAACGGACCAUCAAACUCACCGUCCUCCCAAAGGAAGCCCCAUGGUAUGAGUCAACAACUGGGCAAAUUUACCUCAUCAUGGGUGCAGCAGUGACAGUUCUCUUCGUGAUGAUCAUCGCCAUGAUGGUCUUCUUGUGCCACCGUUCCAGACGGAACAAGAGCAAGGGCCCGAUUGAUGACCAGUCCCAGAAGAAGCCUAUCUACAAGAACAGCGUGGAAUCUCUGAAUUCCACCGCUGGAGACAAACAGCCGCUGGUGUAAUGUGUGAGAUGGAGAGAGAGGGGAGAGGAGGAUGAGUGUUGAGGAUUUAGGUUUAGGAGAGAAAGGAGCCUGCCAGAUUGGAUAAGAGAUGGUUUGCUAGUGAAACACAGGCCGUGAAUUGAAUUGAAGACAGUAGGAAAAGGGAGUGUGGGAAAGAUCGACAGACAUGAUUGUUUCAUGGUAAUGGUUCCAAUUCAGCAGGUUUGGCAGCAGUACUCCUCAACAAAAGGUGUGCAAUUUUCUCUGUAUUGAUUUCCUAACCCAACAAAAUUGAGAUUCACGCUUGUUGUCAAAGAUGGGGACUGACUAUGCUGGUGUGAGCUUUAAAUCUCUGAACUUUCUUGAGAUAUAACCGCAUGCGACCACUUUCCUGCUAGUCAUUUCUUCUAGCCUCGAGUUGUAAACAAGUCUCCUUUUUUUGGCAGCAUCAUUUUCUUAGACAAUCAUUCUGGUGUACACAAUAUAAUAUAGAAACUUUAGGUGAAGUGUUUAUUCUCGUGUUCUCUAUCGACAAUACUUUGAUAAAUGAAACUGUAAGACUAUAUCAAAAUAUGAUAGCACUUUAAAUCUUUUGCACUAUUUUUGAUCAUACCUUUGUACUUUUCAUUAACUGCAUUAAAUGUCUUUAAAAGUGUGUGCUACUGAUUUUAUUUGAAUAAAGACUCCUAAAACAUCUGGA